AUGAAGUUGACAUUCGCUACCGUUCUGCUUCCUUACCUCCUGCACAGCGCUCUGGCAGCGCCUGCAAACACCGAGCGUGGCCUUGACACUGACGAACAAGACGUCGAAGAGAGAGGUUUCGACAUCAGGGAUGCGCACCCUCUGGGCGUCCGCGGCGCGGGCGUAGGAAAUGCCGCCAACAAUGCGAACAACGCGGCCGGAACUCAAGUAGCUGUUGUAGACGCUACGCAAACUGCUGCUGCUGUCGUGGAUGCUACCCAGGCUGCGGCGGCCGCGCAGAGCUCAGCUGCCGCAAACAACGCCGCGGCCAAGAAGAAGGCCAAAGGCAAGGGAAAGAAGAAGGGAAAGGGUAAGGGCAAGAAGAAGGGAAAGGGUAAGGGCAAGGGGAAGGGUAAAGGGAAGGGCAAAGGAAAAGGCAAGGGCAAAGGAAAGGGUAAGGGCAAGGGCAAAAAGAAGGCCGCAAAGGUCGUAGUCUAG